AUGCCUAAAGUCAGCAUUGCUAGAAUUGCUCAUGUCUAUUACAGAUAUCGAGACCUUGACAAAGCCCACAGCUUCCUGUUGGACUUUGGGUUGAUUCAAGUCGAUCGCAGACAGGACCGUAUUUACUACCGGGGAUAUGGCACCGAGCCGUUUGUCUUUUGUGCUGAAAAGGCUAACGAGGACGAAUUCGCCGGAGCUGCGUUUGCAGUAGAUUCAUACGAGGAUUUGGAGCUCGCCGCUAGCCUCUGCCCUGGGUCUACAAUUCGAGACCUUGAUGCCCCAGGAGGUGGAAAAGUCGUUUCUUUGCAAGAUCCUACUAAUAAAUUUCCAUUUCAUUUCAUCCAUGGCCAGACUCACACCUCGUACGAUCCUAAUACAGAAUAUCGCGGAACUCAACCAUUUAAUUAUCCAGUGACCAAAAAUCGAGAUCCCGGAACAUUCCAAAGGUUCGAAAAAGGUCCGGCUAUUGUACACAAGCUCGGCCAUUUUGGCAUCUGCACUACAAAUUUCGAGGAGACGUUCAAGUUCUUCACGGAGAAUUUUAACUUCGCGCCUAGUGAUCUUGUACACGACGAAACAGGAAGAGACGUUGUGACCUUUCUUCACCUCGAUCGCGGCAAGGAAAUGGUUGAUCACCAUACCUUCUUCUUUUAUGAAGGGCCUAAGCCACAUGUUCACCAUUCUUCUUAUGAAGUUCAUGACUUUGAUACACAAGCACUUGGUCACGAUUGGCUCAGAGAACAAGGAUAUGAGAUAUGCUGGGGUGUUGGUAGACACGUCCUUGGAAGUCAAAUCUUCGAUUACUGGUACGACUCUGCGAAGUUCAUCGUGGAGCACUAUGUAGAUGGCGACUUGGUAAACUCUGAUACUCCUGUGGCAAAGAGUAAGCUUGGCAAAGAUGGUCUUUCUGUAUGGGGUCCAGAUGUACCUGGAGAUUUUCUUACCUAA